UUCAAUAUCCCCAAAUAAACUCUAGGUUCAUUAUUGUUAAUUUGUAAUAGCAACCUCUCAUGCAUGUUUCUUUAGUUAUACUUAGUUGAAAGUAAAAAAUACAGCCAUGGAUAAAAGAGAAUUCGAGUUAAAUCAAUCACCAGAAGCAAAAUUAGCACAAGAAAAUGAAACAAUUCAAGAAAAAAGUUUUAAACCUCUCUCUGCUUGGAACAUGUUUUACAUGAAAAAUAAAGAUAUUCUGAAAGUUCAAAAUGGCAGUAAUACAAAUGAAGAUUUUGGAUCAAGAUCUACAAUUCUUGCGCAUGCUUGCAAACAAUGUUCCCAAAUGCAAAAAGAGUAAAGAUAAUAUUUUUACCAUUACAAGAAACUUGCCAGUCACCACAAAAAAGAAAACAUUUCCUGUCAAUGUGGCAAAUUAUUUAAAAAAAAAGAGAAUUAAACCGGCAUCAGAAGUCGUGUGGAAUUAUUUUUUUAUGUCAUUCUUGCAGUGCUGACAAAAAUUUAAAAAGACAUGUCAAAGAACAGCAUAACGGAGAAGCUCGAAAAAGAAACAAGGUUUUAUAGUUUUGCCGAUUGCAAAGCAAGUUUAUCACCAAAAGUUAAGUAAAACAGAUUGCAAGUAUACAGUUUUUUGUAAAUAUUAAAUAUUGUUUGUUAAAUAAAUUAUUAUUUAUUGUUA